AUGGCACCCAGAGCUAAACCAAUUAAUUCCUCCUCAAAGAGUAAGGGACUCAUUGAGAAAGAGGAUAUAUUCCCCACCAUCGUUCAUUCAAACUCCGUCACCCCUCUCCAGGACUCUCUUCUCAAUUCUCCUUUCAAUUCCAACUUCGAAGACAAUGGCGACCUUCAAGCUCAGCAUAACCUGGAAGAAUCAAUUGAUCCAGAGUUGACGCAAAACAACGCCGUCAAUCCUUCUCUCGACCCAGAUUUCAAUCAUGCAUUUUCCUUUGAGGUUGAUCCUUCAUUGGGUCUGGAUUCAAAUUUCCCAGAGUCUGCGCCAGAUUCAUAUUCAAUUAAUCCAACAAAUCAAUAUGAGUCCAAUGGCGAGUUUGCUGAGUAUAUCCCUGAUCCAAACGAUUGCAAUUCAUUCCAUAUUGAUAACGUUGGAGCCCCUUCAUCUUUCCGACUCGGCAAUGCCAACGACCGUGUCGAAAUUCAAAAGCCACCUACAAAGGUGCCAUUUGUUGAUCCUAUGCAUCCACACGCGCACCUGAAGCAUGUUCCUGUAUUUUGCUGCCAGUCGCCAACCUGUGUACGAGAGUGCAAGGUUGACUAUAAGUAUGCGACUCGCCAAUUUACAUUGUAUUACUCUCGACAAUCGAUUGAGGAGCUCUUGUACAGUGGUCGCAAACGUGUUUUGCCGCAGACAGAGAAUCCAGAUCAUCGCAUUCCAAUGCUUCUUCUUUCCGGAGCUCGCGUCUACAGGGCCGAGAAGUUGGGAGAGAAUCCGGUCGUACGACUUUUUGUUGGUGAUAUCAUCAAUCGCAAAAAGAAGUAUUGGGAGGUUUUGCCUGGAGGCGCAGUUGAACAGUUGGGAUGGAUUCAUGAGUUAAGAGACACGGUAGCUCCUGCAGACAGAUGUAGUGCUUGGAAGUGCACCACUCAUGGAGAUAUUUGGAAUGUUAGCAUUCUAGACCAUCUUUUCGACAAUGGUGCCGAAAAUACUAGUACACUAGGAACCGACUACGAUAGUGGCUAUGCGAGCUCUUCUAGUAGAAUGGGAAAUUCGUCAAGAAAGGGAUCAUCUACAUAUGGCGACAACAAUACCGCUUUCAAUACGAGUCCUGUCACUCCUGUCAAGUACGUCGGCGACAAUAAUUCGACUUUCAAGAUGAGUCCCGUUACAUCCACCAAGUACCCAUUCGAUGGUUACGAUAUGGGUUUUAACACAAGUCCAACUACACCAACCAACGACCCACCUGGUGAUCAUCGCGGUCCAAAAGCUCCUACUCACAGUCCCAAGCCUCGCCGCAACCGACACCGCAAUCGCAUCCACGGCGCCAACAAGAUGAGUUCAAGCUCCAACAACAAUUCCCUCGAACAAAUCGAGGAAGAUCUCGAGGAAUUCGAGAUCAGCGGCGACGUCGCCGAACUUCUUGAGUUCAAUAGCUACGCCAGUACCAGUGGAUGCGAUUUCAUGCAACCCCAAACUCACAUGUGGGAUGAGGAUCUUCUCAGUGAGGUUAAUACUUUCAUCGCUGAUGGAGUCCACUUUGGCGAAUCUUUUGAGCAUACUAUUGGACACGACUUCAAUGCUAUUUGA